AUGGCUACUCCUAAACAGCAGAGGUUGAUAGAUGACACAGUGAGAAACCAUGUUAAGUAUUACGAUGUUGUAUUUUCGUCAUAUUUGAAGAUUCGGCAGGAAAUACUAUUGUUGAAUACAACUAUCCUUAAGGAACUUAAACAACAGGAGGAGGAGGACUUUCCCUCUGUAGUGUUUCAAGAAACGGCAUUCAAACUACAUCAGUUACUACUAGAUUUACAGAAACUGGAGCUUCUAUACAAGGCACAUAUAGAAGAACUCGUCAAUGUUUUACAAAUACAGAAAGUAUUGAAACCCGAUAUAUUAACCAGUGUGAACUCACAGUUGGAGUCGAUUAUCAAGCAAAAUGAGGAGCUCGAAAAAAGGAUAAAGGAUAUCAAAAAUGUGGAGCAGCCUAUACUAGAGAAAAUCACAACAUUGGUAAACAGUUGCAAUACAAAUUUGGCCGUCCCAACAGCAAGAUUGUUGCACCCCGAUGUAAUCAGUGGAUUGGGGAAAGAUGAAGACAAGAAGGAAAAAGAGUCUACUCAGAUAGAUUAUCGAUUGCUAGUGUUUGAUACAAGGGACUUGCAAAAACGAUUCUUGGAUUUGACUGCCGAUAAGCUCAAAAACACCGAUAUUGAUGAAUAUUUAAAAAUCAACUCAAAAAUCUUUGAUAGGUUUAAAAAUGACGAUUCAAGAGUGAUUUAUAAGUUACCGAGAUCUUCAUUACAUGAGUUGGAUUCAACCACAACCCUUGAUAAAUAUGAUGGGUUAAUCUCUAAAACAAUUGAGCAGAUUCAAACUUUGCAAAAAGAAGGCGAGUCCAUUAAGUCGAGCUGGAAUAAGAAUGCAAGUAAAAUCACCAAGAUGGACGCUAUUUUAAAAGAGGAUGAAAAUGACGUGGAAAUGAGCCAAUGA